AUGACUCGGUUAGAUGUUAACGGCUCAGUACCAAAGCUCAAGGUUGCCAUCGCUGGCCUCGGCCGCAUGGGAGCUCGACAUGCCAUGCAUUUUUAUGGAUUGACCCCACGAGCCGAUCUGAUUGCAGCUUCAACUCCAGACCCUAGAGAAAUUGCCUGGGCACAGACUGCCAUUCCUGGAGUUAGAAUGUACACUGAUUACGACGAAAUGCUUCAAGAAGAGACCAAGAAUGGCCUUCAAGCCGUCAUUGUUGCGUCUGCAACUACCGUUCAUGCUGAACAAGCGAUCAAGGCAAUCAAUAUUGGUCUUCAUGUUCUCUGCGAAAAGCCGUUGAGCACCAGUGUAGAGGCCUCGGAAUCGGUCGUUACCGCAUACAAGAAAUCCCUUGAGAAGCAACCAUCACAAAAGGUCAUCUGUGGCUUUUCAAGACGCUUCGACGCUUCAUACCGCGACGCUUUCGAAAAAUUGCAAUCAGGCAUGAUCGGAGAACCGACCGUCUUCCGGUCGCAGACUUGCGAUAAGAUGGAUGCAACCAUCUCCUUCGUAGAAUAUGCUAAGUACUCUGGUGGAAUCUUUGUGGACUGUUCGAUACAUGAUAUCGAUCUUGCGCUCUGGUUUUUUGGUGAAGGCAUUAGGGUUAAGAGUGUUGUAGCUGUUGGUAUUACCGCGGUAUGGCCGAAGCUGAGGGAGUAUAAUGACAGGGAUAACGCCUUUGGGAUUAUCGAAUUUUAUGGAGGGAAGAUUGCUCAAAUUUUCUGCAGUCGCAUGAUGACUGCUGGUCAGGAAGACUGCACUGAAAUUAUAGGUUCGGAGGGUAAGCUAUCUAUCAACACCCAACCAAUAUCGAAUCUCGUCAACAUUCACGAAGCCACUGGUAUCCGAAGAGAGCUCUUUUCCGACUACUACGGCCGUUUCCGUGACGCAUUUAUUGCAGAAGCCAACGAGUUCACCGCUAGUUGCCUGGACAACAAAGCCCCCCCUUUGAAGCUGGAUGGUGCCGUGAAUGCUGUGAGGAUCGCACUGGCACUUCAGGAUAGUUUGAUAACCGGGGAAAAGAUCGAGUUCGAUGAGAAUGGCCAUAGACUAUGUCGAAGUAUCUUGCGAUAA